AAGCAAAAUGGCAUCUCUGUAUGUGUUCUGUGCCUCUCUAACUCUAGCAAUAAUCCUCACACUUGUUCCAGCAGGUUAUGGGAAUGUUGAAGGAGACGCAUUGAUUGCCCUGCGGAAUAGCCUGUCGGAUCCUAAUAAUGUGCUUGCAAGCUGGGAUCAGAACCUUGUCGAUCCCUGUACUUGGUUUCAUAUCACUUGCAAUCAAGACAGUCAAGUUACUCGAAUAGACUUGGCGAGAGAAAAUCUCUCUGGGCCUUUAGUACCCGAUCUUAAAGAGCUACAGAACUUGCAAUAUAUGUCCAUUUAUGGAAACCAAAUUGACGGGAGUAUUCCAGCUGAGUUUGGUGACUUGAAGAGCCUUCUCAGCCUGGAUUUGUAUGAGAACAACAUUUCAGGAACCAUUCCUGCUUCCUUGGGAAAACUGAAUUCGCUUCUCUUUUUACGACUCAACAACAACCGAAUAACUGGAAGCAUUCCUAAGGAGAUUGCUGAUAUUCCAAGCCUCACAGUUCUGGAUCUCUCAAACAAUGAUCUGUGUGGAGCGGUUCCUCCUGGACUGGAACACAUUUCGACUGUCCACCUCGAGAACAACCCUCGACUGGGACAGCCUUGCCCAUGAAGAGAGACGGAAUGUAUUAAAUUGAUAUUUAUAUGCGACUGAUGAGAAUAAGUGCAACAUAGUCGUAUAUAUUAACUGCUGCGUUAUAUUUCUAUGAUGUAUUUCACUACUUUUACUUUUU